CUAAAUAUAUUGCAAGCUUUAAAUAUCAUUUAACCCAGCAUUUAUCAUUGUUUAAUAAUCUUUUCUACAUAAUCUAUGUUUGUGAUCAAAAAUACAAAGUUUAAAAUUGAUUAAAAGCAAUUGUGUGAUAUACUUGUGAAAUGGGGACCAAUGUUUGUCAUACAAAUUAUUUUCAGCAUACCAUUGGAGAUGAUGAGCAUCUAUAUGAUCCAAAUUUGUUAAAAAACCUAAAUUGGAGCCGUACAAAAUCCAGUCUAAAUCCAGAAAUAACAAACGAAAAUCCAGGAGAAUCAUGGAUUGUUGUAAGACCAUUAAGAUUGUCAGAUUUCGAUAAAGGAUUUUUACAAAUUUUAUCACAAUUAACAGCUGUUGGUAACAUUUCUAAAUCUGAUUUUGAACAACAAUUCUGGAAUAUGCGCAAAGCUGGGGGUUAUUAUAUAACUGUGAUUGAAGAUACAAGAAGUAAACAAAUAAUUGGUUCUUCUACUUUGAUCACAGAGUUUAAAUUCAUUCACGAAUGCGCCGUGAGAUCUCGAUUGGAAGAUGUGGUAGUGAAUAAUACUUAUAGAGGAAAACAGCUGGGAAAAUUGAUUGUAUUAACAGUGACUCUUCUUGCUGAGAAAUUAGGAUCGUAUAAAAUGUCGUUGGAUUGCAAGGACAACCUUAUCCCGUUUUAUAAGACUUUGGGAUAUAAACUGGAGCCUGGAAAUUCUAAUUCGAUGAUGCUUCGAUUCGAGAAGAUCGAUCCAUCCUGACAAUUAGCCACCAAUGCUACCACCAAAUCAAAACUUUAAUAAUUUUUAUCUAUGAGAGGAGUCCUAUAAUAUUUUAAUGCAUUAAUAAAAGUAAAAUUUCUUUUAUAGAAAAACGUCAGUUCAGGAUUUAUUUUUUUUUACUAGUAGGAAUUUUUCUUAUAGAAGUUUUUGACAUUUUUCUAGGUGUAAUAAAAAAAUAAACUUAAUAAACAAAUUAAAUGAAAUUGCGUAUUAAUCUACUAGCGGUUAUAUUAAGUAACAUUGUUAAAUACAAAGUUGAAUAAUGUUGAAUAAAUUAAAUUUUUAAAAAACGGCACCUCUGUGGAUCAUUGGGAGCCAUUUUUCGUAAAAAUUACGAAAUCUGUAAAACUAAGAUAUUUCAAACAGUCCGGCAACAGCGCAACAUACAAUAAUUGUUCAGCUUUGCAAGUUUGAAACGUGGCAACGUCGGAGUUCCGAAACUGUAAUCCACGAUUGACGGAAUGUUAAUUCUGUAAUAACCGUUCUGUGACUGACAGCGCCAACUUUGUAAUGAUGCUUAUACUGCGAAAAAUUUAUAUAAAACAGUGUAAUUUACUAAUUAUUUACUAGCUAUCUUAGUAUCUGUUCAUAAUUUAUUUGGUAUUUGCACUAGAAAAUUAUAAAAAUACCGCGAUCAAUGAAAUCUAAUAGAUUGUACUCACCAAAUUGCAGUUAUUUAGUUUUAUUUUCACUCAAUACACGUUUAAAAAUUAAAUUUUUGUCAUGAACUCGCGAAAGUCGAACGGUAAGAUGCUAAUUUUAUAAAGGAAGACGUAGAAUAUUAAAACAAUGCACAUAUUAAGAUAAUUAAACUUUAAUAUUUAUCGAUUUGUAUUGAACGCGGUUAAAAUGUCAAAACUUCACUCUCUUGUAUGUAUGUCAGUCACUAGACGGCAGCACGCGACACGCUUGUAUUCACGACUUUGCAGGAAACAGGGCCGGUACCAGGGGUCGUGUUACAAUAUAUUUAUUUUUAUUUAAAAUCCAAAUUGAAUAUUUUUGGAUUCUAAUUUUUUGUCAGCUGACAAAAUGGCAGCUAUAUUAAAUUACUUGAUGUGCGAAAUUUGUUUUUGAAGGCAGUUUCAUAUAUAACUAAAGAACAUUGUAGAAAAAAGGUGAAAAAUUGAUUUUGGAAAGUGAAUAUAGCAAUGAAAAACUUAAUAGACCCUAUAAUAAUAUAUCUCAGAAAAGACAGUGACUUAUAUGUCAAAAUAAAAGGUUUAAUACGGUAAAAAAAACAUGGAAACAUGAAUAAAUCUAAAUAAAAUCUUUUAUUAGGCCAAUCAGAUGUAUUAAAAUGUUUAAUUUAACUACAAAUAAACAUUAAAGGAUGAGGUAUAAAUAAAAUGUAUUUUUUUAGACUAUAUGCAUAGAAAAAUGUCAAAAAUUCCUAUAGGAAACAAGUCAUGAAUCGACCCCUUUUUUGCCAUUUUCAUAUUUCUCCAAUGGCUGUUUUAUUGGUUUUAAGUAUAAUCAAUUCAUUUUUUUGCUUUUUAGGACUCGUAGGUAAAAUUUUAUAUGUAAUGGGUGGAAUAUAACAUUACUAUCAUAAUAAUUGUAUUACACAAUUUUUAUGUGAUAUUCCACUAUUAUACAGGGUGUUUCAUAAUAUAUGCGCAGGACUUCAGGACGUGAUAGCUCGUCCAAAAAUAUGAAAAAACGUUUCUAUUAACUUACUCUCUAAAAUGCACCAUUUUCGAGAUACAGGGUGUUGAAAGUACGGUUUUGAGACGCCCAUUUGAACCACCAAUGUUUUCUACACGAAAAAGGUACGGUCAUUCGCUCUAAAGUCGACUGUUUUCGAAAAAAAUCAAAUUUUAAUGUUGAAAUACAUGAUCAAUUUUUGGAAAUGAAACAAAAUUUGAUUUUUUUCGAAAACGGUCGACUUUAGAGCGUAUGACCAAGAGUACCUUUUUUGUGUAAAAAAACAUUGGCGUUCAAAUGGGUGUCUCAAUACCGUACUUUUUCCAGUGGCGUAUAAUUUUUUUUUUCAAUUUCAAAAUGGUGCAUUUUAGAGGGUCCUGAAAUCCUGCACAUAUAUUAUGAAACACCCUGUAUAAAUACAAAUAAUAAUUUCGAUCCAGUGGUUGCAUUGGUGCUUUGGAAUAUUUAAUUGAGUUAAUUUUAAUGAUUUUUGUUUUUUUUUAACAAAUUUAACAAGAUAUUACAAAAUCUAUUUUUUUAUCGGUUUUUGGUUAUAAAUUAAUUAAUUUUUUUUUUCUUUUUUCCAAUAAAUAAGUUAUUAUACA